AUCCCGGGGAGAGGGAAGCUCUGCGGGUGCCCGGGGUGCGGCACGGCCCCGGCCCCUCUCCCCGCGCCGCAGGGGCGGCCGCUCGCCUCCUCCCCGGGCCGGGCUGUGGGCGGGGGGAGCGCAUCGCCCCGCCCCCCCGCAGCCGCCGCGGGCCGAGCGCAGCGCGCGGGCACUGCCCGCCCCGCACCGGAGCCGCGGCCGCACCGGCGGGACCCAGAGGGUUUUAAGAAGAAUCUGAUGGUGGAAUAGGUUAAGAAGACUCAGGAUGACGACGACAGUAGCGACAGAUUAUGACAAUAUUGAAAUCCAACAGCAGUACAGUGAUGUCAACAACCGCUGGGAUGUCGAUGACUGGGACAAUGAAAAUAGUUCUGCUCGACUGUUUGAACGAUCCCGCAUCAAGGCCCUAGCUGAUGAACGUGAGGCAGUUCAGAAGAAGACUUUCACAAAGUGGGUCAAUUCCCACCUGGCACGUGUGUCAUGCAGAAUCACAGAUUUGUACACUGACCUUCGCGAUGGAAGGAUGCUCAUCAAACUUCUGGAAGUUCUUUCAGGAGAGAGACUUCCUAAACCAACCAAGGGAAGGAUGCGCAUCCAUUGCCUGGAGAAUGUUGAUAAAGCGCUUCAGUUCCUGAAAGAGCAAAGAGUGCACCUAGAAAACAUGGGAUCUCAUGAUAUUGUGGAUGGGAAUCACAGGCUGACGCUUGGCCUUAUUUGGACUAUUAUCCUGAGAUUCCAGAUCCAAGAUAUCAGUGUUGAAACUGAGGACAACAAGGAGAAGAAAUCUGCUAAAGAUGCUUUGCUUUUGUGGUGCCAGAUGAAGACAGCUGGUUACCCCAAUGUCAACAUUCACAACUUUACUACAAGCUGGAGGGACGGGAUGGCUUUCAAUGCCCUAAUACAUAAGCACAGGCCUGAUCUGAUUGAUUUUGACAAGCUGAAGAAAUCAAAUGCACACUACAAUCUGCAGAAUGCUUUUAACCUUGCAGAGCAACACCUUGGUCUAACUAAGCUCCUGGACCCUGAGGAUAUCAGUGUUGAUCAUCCUGAUGAAAAGUCCAUCAUCACCUAUGUGGUGACGUAUUACCACUACUUCUCCAAGAUGAAAGCUUUAGCUGUUGAAGGAAAACGUAUCGGAAAGGUGCUUGACAAUGCCAUUGAAACGGAGAAAAUGAUUGAAAAAUAUGAAUCGCUGGCUUCUGACCUGCUUGAGUGGAUUGAGCAAACCAUUAUCAUCCUCAACAAUCGCAAAUUUGCCAACUCUCUAGUUGGUGUGCAACAGCAGCUACAGGCAUUCAACACUUACCGCACAGUAGAGAAACCACCCAAAUUUACAGAAAAAGGAAACCUGGAAGUGCUGCUUUUUACCAUCCAAAGCAAAAUGAGAGCCAACAAUCAGAAAGUAUACAUGCCAAGGGAGGGCAAACUCAUCUCUGAUAUUAACAAGGCCUGGGAAAGACUGGAAAAAGCUGAACAUGAAAGAGAACUGGCACUGCGAAAUGAGCUCAUCAGACAAGAGAAACUGGAACAACUUGCACGCAGAUUUGAUCGCAAGGCAGCUAUGAGAGAAACUUGGCUGAGUGAAAAUCAGCGUCUCGUUUCUCAGGAUAAUUUUGGCUUUGACCUUCCAGCAGUAGAGGCUGCAACAAAAAAACACGAGGCCAUUGAAACAGACAUUGCAGCCUAUGAAGAACGAGUCCAGGCUGUGGUUGCAGUUGCAAAGGAGCUUGAGACUGAGAAUUACCAUGAUAUCAAACGCAUUACUGCGAGAAAAGACAACGUUAUCCGCCUAUGGGAGUAUCUCCUGGAGCUGCUUAGGGCACGGAGACAGCGGCUGGAGAUGAAUCUUGGUCUGCAAAAGAUUUUCCAGGAAAUGCUGUACAUUAUGGACUGGAUGGAUGAGAUGAAGGUGCUUUUGCUUUCUCAAGACUACGGCAAACAUUUGUUAGGAGUUGAAGACCUAUUGCAGAAACAUGCUCUUGUGGAAGCUGACAUUGCUAUUCAGGCUGAGAGAGUGAGAGGGGUCAAUGCAUCUGCUCAGAAGUUUGCCACUGAUGGAGAAGGUUACAAACCAUGUGACCCACAGGUUAUCAGGGACCGUGUUGCUCACAUGGAGUUCUGUUACCAAGAGUUGUGCCAGCUUGCAGCUGAGCGCCGGGCCCGCUUGGAGGAGUCCCGGCGCCUCUGGAAGUUCUUCUGGGAAAUGGCUGAAGAAGAGGGUUGGAUCAGGGAGAAGGAACAGAUCCUGUCAUCUGAUGACUAUGGGAAGGACUUAACCAGUGUUGUACGUCUCAUGAGUAAACAUAAGGCAUUUGAAGAUGAAAUGAGUGGUCGUAGUGGCCACUUUCAGCAGGCGAUAAAAGAAGGUGAAGACAUGAUUGCGGAGGAGCAUUUUGGGUCUGAGAAAAUCAGAGAAAGAAUUAAGGAUAUUAGGGAGCAGUGGGCUAACUUGGAACAGUUAUCUGCCAUUAGGAAGAAGCGUCUGGAGGAAGCCUCUCUCCUUCACCAGUUCCAGGCUGAUGCUGAUGAUAUUGAUGCAUGGAUGUUGGACAUCCUCAAAAUUGUCUCCAGCAAUGAUGUUGGCCAUGAUGAAUAUUCCACUCAGUCUUUGGUCAAGAAACACAAAGAUGUGGCUGAAGAGAUUGCAAGCUACCGGCCAAUCAUUGACUCGCUUCAUGAACAAGCAAAGGCUCUACCGCAGGAACAUGCUGGAUCUCCAGAUGUGCAAGGCAGGUUGUCCGGAAUAGAGGAAAGAUACAAAGAGGUUGCUGAGCUGACUCGGCUGCGUAAACAGGCCUUGCAGGAUACCCUUGCUCUUUAUAAAAUGUUCAGUGAGGCAGAUGCUUGUGAGCUUUGGAUUGACGAAAAGGAGAAGUGGCUGAAUAAUAUGCAGAUUCCAGAGAAACUGGAGGACCUGGAAGUGAUCCAGCACAGAUUUGAAAGCUUAGAACCAGAAAUGAACAAUCAGGCAUCACGUGUUGCGGUAGUGAACCAAAUUGCUAGACAGCUAAUGCACAGUGGCCAUCCAAGUGAGAAGGAGAUCAAAGCGCAGCAAGAUAAACUCAACACAAGAUGGAGCCAGUUCAGAGAACUGGUAGAUAGGAAGAAGGAUGCUCUGCUCUCUGCUCUGAGUAUCCAGAACUACCAUCUUGAAUGUAACGAAACCAAAUCCUGGAUUAGAGAAAAGACCAAAGUGAUCGAAUCCACACAAGAUCUGGGUAAUGAUCUGGCUGGAGUGAUGGCCCUGCAGAGGAAGCUGACAGGCAUGGAGCGUGACCUGGUAGCCAUUGAAGCCAAGCUAAGUGACCUGCAAAAAGAGGCAGAAAAGUUGGAAUCUGAGCAUCCUGACCAGGCACAGGCUAUCCUUUCACGGCUCGCAGAAAUCAAUGAUGUAUGGGAAGAAAUGAAGACCACCCUCAAGAACCGGGAAGAGUCCCUUGGAGAGGCAAGCAAACUGCAGCAGUUCCUGAGAGAUCUGGAUGACUUCCAGUCUUGGCUAUCCAGAACGCAGACUGCAAUUGCAUCGGAAGAUAUGCCAAACACACUGACAGAGGCUGAGAAGCUGCUCACUCAACAUGAGAAUAUUAAGAAUGAAAUCGACAAUUAUGAGGAAGAUUAUCAGAAAAUGAGGGACAUGGGUGAGAUGGUGACACAGGGACAGACUGACGCUCAGUACAUGUUCUUACGCCAGCGCCUACAAGCUUUGGACACUGGAUGGAAUGAGCUCCACAAAAUGUGGGAGAACAGGCAAAAUCUCCUUUCCCAGUCUCAUGCCUACCAGUUGUUUCUCAGAGAUACCAAGCAAGCAGAAGCAUUUCUUAAUAACCAGGAGUAUGUUUUGGCACACACAGAAAUGCCCACUACCUUGGAAGGAGCAGAAGCUGCUAUUAAAAAACAGGAGGAUUUCAUGACCACGAUGGAUGCCAAUGAAGAAAAGAUCAAUGCAGUCGUAGAGACUGGCAGGAGGCUAGUUAGUGAUGGGAAUAUUAACUCUGAUAAAAUCCAGGAGAAAGUGGACUCUAUUGAUGACAGACAUAGGAAGAACCGUGAAGCGGCCAGUGAACUUCUGAUGAGACUGAAAGAUAACAGAGAUCUUCAAAAGUUUCUUCAGGAUUGUCAAGAGCUCUCACUCUGGAUCAAUGAGAAGAUGCUUACAGCCCAGGAUAUGUCCUAUGAUGAGGCAAGGAACCUGCAUAGCAAAUGGCUGAAACAUCAGGCAUUUAUGGCAGAACUUGCAUCCAACAAAGAAUGGCUGGAGAAGAUUGAAAAGGAGGGAAUGCAGCUCAUUGCAGAGAAACCAGAGACUGAAGCUGUAGUGAAAGAAAAGCUGACAGGUCUCCAUCAAAUGUGGGAAGAGCUUGAAUCCACUACCCAGACCAAGGCUCAGCGUCUCUUUGAUGCGAACAAGGCGGAGCUUUUUACCCAGAGCUGUGCUGAUUUGGAUAAGUGGCUGAAUGGUUUGGAGAGCCAAAUUAGUCGGAGGGACUACGGAAAAGAUCUCACCAGUGUAAACAUCUUGUUGAAGAAGCAGCAGAUGCUGGAGAAUCAAAUGGAUGUUCGUAAGAAGGAGAUAGAGGAACUGCAAAGCCAGGCACGGGCUUUAAGCCAAGAAGGGAAGAGUACGGAUGAAGUAGAUGGCAAGCGCCUUACUGUAGAGAAGAAAUUUUUGGAGUUGUUGGAACCUUUGAAUGAAAGAAAGGCAAACCUGCUGGCUUCCAAAGAAAUCCACCAGUUCAACCGGGAUGUGGAAGAUGAAAUUAUGUACUCUUCUUCUCUUGCUUUCAGUUUGUGGGUCGGAGAGAGGAUGGCUAUAGCUAUUACUGAUCAUGGACACAAUCUACAGACUGUGCAGCUACUAAUAAAGAAAAAUCAGACCCUUCAGAAGGAAAUCCAGGGACAUCAGCCUCGUAUUGAUGACAUUUUUGAGAGGAGUCAAAACAUUAUUACUGAGAGUAGCCCCAAUGCUGAAGCAAUUCAGCAGAGACUUGCAGACCUGCAGCAACUGUGGAACCUCCUAAUCGAGGAGACAGAGAAACGCCACAAGCGCCUUGAGGAGUCUCACAGAGCACAGCAGUACUACUUUGAUGCUGCUGAGGCUGAGGCCUGGAUGAGCGAGCAGGAGCUCUACAUGAUGUCAGAAGAGAAAGCCAAAGAUGAACAGAGUGCAGUGUCCAUGCUGAAGAAACACCAGAUUUUGGAACAAGCUGUCGAAGACUAUGCUGAAACUGUGCACCAGCUUUCAAAGACCAGCAGAACUUUGGUGGCAGAUAACCACCCAGAAAGUGAGCGUAUCAGUAUGCGCCAGUCCAAAGUGGAUAAGCUGUAUGCAGGCCUGAAGGAUCUAGCUGAAGAGAGACGGGGCAAGCUGGAUGAGAGACACAGGCUGUUCCAACUUAACCGUGAGGUGGAUGACCUGGAGCAAUGGAUUGCUGAAAGGGAGGUGGUGGCAGGAUCCCACGAGCUGGGACAGGACUACGAACAUGUAACAAUGCUACAGGAGCGAUUCCGAGAAUUCGCCCGAGACACUGGGAACAUUGGACAGGAGCGUGUUGAUACUGUUAACCACAUGGCAGACGAGCUUAUCAACUCUGGACAUUCAGAUGCUGCAACAAUUGCAGAGUGGAAGGAUGGACUCAAUGAGGCCUGGGCUGAUCUACUGGAGCUCAUUGACACGAGAACACAAAUUCUAGCAGCCUCUUAUGAACUGCACAAAUUUUACCAUGAUGCCAAGGAGAUCUUGGGACGUAUUCAAGACAAGCAUAAGAAACUGCCUGAAGAGCUUGGUAGAGACCAAAACACAGUGGAAACACUACAGAGAAUGCACACAACAUUUGAGCAUGAUAUCCAGGCUCUCGGCACACAGGUGCGUAGCGAGUGAGCGGUGCUGUCUGUG